AAGGUGUCUUUACUUCGACAAAGUGUUAUCUUGACAUUAAUGAACACGGUGCCGCCAUUGAUCGUCAAACGUCAGCUGGUUCUGAAGUGCGACAGAGUGGACUGCACUGGACAGAAAUGGCGACUCUCUGUCCAGGUGUUCAGUAUGGGUUAUCUUCUCAGCAAAAUUUUGGUGAAAAUAAAGACUUAAUUUUUGUGAAAUUAACGGAUUCCGCAGUUCGUGCAAUAUACGACUUCAUAAAAAACCAGAAUAAAUUUAGCUGCCAGGGUCCCACGAUAAAGUUCCUAGGAAAUGAAGGGCAAUUGUCGUUUCCUUCCGCACAAAAUGGCUACACGUCGUUCAGUUUCUCCAUGUCGAGCACGGCGGACAUGGAGGGCCCCGGGGGCAGUUUUGAGUGUGUACAGCAGACUGGACCACCCCGGGGUUCCCUAGAAGUACUGGGCUCGAUACCGUAUAAAGUACGAGUGCGAGCCAACGAUGACGUGUACGAGGCCACCCGACACAGGAUGACUAUUGCCGAAGAAAAUCACAAGAACAAAUGCACAAGGGAGAUAAAACCCAACGAAAAAGACAUAGGUCGUAAGGUGAAACUGAAACAAAACCGAACCUCUCUUCCACCGAUCCGUCGAGAUCCACCACCCAUUCAAAGGGAUAGCCUACCGAAGCCGUCUUAUCAGUCGAACCUGCCCUCCAAGCAACCAGCAGCAGCGGUGAUAUCGUCGAGCAACGGUCUGUCGAAUGGCCUGGGCAGCAACCACGUGAGCAGCUCACGACCGCAGCUCAACAAGCCAUCCGUCCCCGACAUAGCACGGAGGCCGAUCAAAGAGCGAUUAAUACACCUUCUUGCGUUGAGGCCGUUUAAAAAGGUUGAAUUACAUGACCGUAUAACGAAAGAGGGUGUGCGGGAGAAGAACGGGAUAACGUCGAUACUUAAGCAGAUCUCCUUCAUGAAGGACAAUUGUUACCAUCUGAAUCGGGCCAUGUGGAACGAAGUGAACGAAGAGUGGCCUUUCUACACCGAGUCGGAAAGGCAAAUGCUUAAAAGACGGAAGCCCCAGAACCUCACCCCUCCGGGCAGCAGCGACGGCGGCAGCUCCGGGAGCGGCCAGUCCCCGACCAGCACCCACCCCGGCUCUCCGCCGCCGAUCACGACGUCGUCGUCCAAGCGGCCCGGCUACUACGACAACCAGGACGGCUUGCCCACCAAGCGCCAGCGCAUCUCCCAUUACCGGAAGCCCUCCGAACAACCCACCUACCGCUCACCGGUGGAGAACAACAGCCAGCGGCGGCCCGUCACCGACUCGCGGGACGCCAGCAACAUGAACCCCCGCAGCAGGGAGUCGCCGACGCUCAGCAACGGCUACUCGACGCCGAACGGCGGAUAUCCGCCGAGCAACGGCUACGUGACGCCGUACGCCGACAAGCGGAACUUUAGUGACGACGGCGACGACCGGAAGCGUUCUUGUGAUAGUCAUAGUUUAAGCUACGGCAUCGGCCGCGAAAAGACUUUCGGGGGUGGCGCGGGUGAUUGUAGGAACGGCUCGCCGCAGACGGGCAAGACGGACAGCGGGUACGCGAACGGGGCCCCGGUGCCGAACGGUAAAUGCAAGGAGAAGGAAAGGGGCAAGUACGACAGGGUGACGUCGUCGAGUCAGAGGAGCGUGAGGGUGAGUCCGGACAGCCAAUCGGAGGCGAUAGGCAACAACGAGAGCGUGGGGGGAGCGAUGGUGGUGUCGCCGGUGCGAGUGAAGAGCGGGGCCGUGGACAGCAGUUCGGAGUUCCCGGAUUACUUAACGGAGUACACCAGGAUCAAGGAUGCCGAGCAGAGGCGGAGGUUCAAAGCCGAUUUCAAUGCCGACUACGCCGAAUACAAGGACUUGCACGGAAUUGUGGAGAAGGUUUCGAGGAGGUUUGUCAAUUUAGAAUCGAUGCUUAAGCAAGAAGACGCUUCUAGUCCCAGGUUUAAAGAUCUAAAAAAGCAAAUCGUUAGGGAAUACAAUGAAAAUAAGAAAGAUCUGGAGCACCAGAAAUUAAAGCGGAGAUUUCAGUAUCUGCACGACAAGCUGUCGCACAUAAAACGGCUGGUAUUGGAGUACGAUCAGGGCUUGUCAAAUAACCAGUACUGACCCUGGGACGUGGCCCGUAGGCCUCACGCCCCGGCACAUUGCUAUGGACUCCUGCCAUCGGACGACUCAAUACUAACAUCACGAACCACAAUACAAGUUUCCCAUUAAAAUAGAAGAAAAAAAAGUAAAAAAAGUGUCUAGUGAAGUCAUAUUUAUAUAGUCUAUAUUUGUAUUCGUCUUAAGGAACAAGAGAGGAAUUAAGUAACUGUUUUGGUAGAUUGUCGUUGAAAAUAUUGUAAUUAUUGCUUAUUGAUAAUUCGUUAUUUAUUAAUUUUGAUGUCAAGUGCAUUACUUAGAUUUGUAUAGGUUAAUUUGUUUAUUGUAAUAUACGUGUUGAUACAAUCACUCUUUGAACGCAACAACAGACGGAUGCAGAAACAUCAGCACAAUCAAGUAAGUGUGGAACGAGACGGUUUUUGUUUUUGUUGGUUCGGCGGAAUACUUAUCGUUUUUCUUUCCAGCGGUUUUGCUCAAAAUAAAUGUGAUAAAAAAAUUUCGUUUGCCUGAAUGAGGGUGUGCUCUGCCGCCAUCAAAGAUUGAUUGUUAACAUAGUCUAAAUAAAACGUUUCCCUCGUCAAUGGCACAGUGCUUAAAUCUCAAACAUAUCUGAAGUCAUAUUUGAAACGAGAACAGUCAACUUAAUACCAUAUCUACUUAGUUAUUAAUUUAUUUACUGACUAUACAUAUCUUUGUUAUCUGAUGCCACUGUGCUCUAUCGCAAGCAUUUAAAUCGGGUAAUUUGGUUAAUUUCAUUGUGCCAUAACUACCUAGAAACCGAUCUAAUGCUUUGAUAUUAUCAGUUAUCACGGAAAUUGUUGACAUUUCACCGAAAUUCUGUUGCUUGUUGUAAUAAGUUUGUAUAUUAUGAUGCAUGUUGUCGUUUUAUUCUCUUUGUUUGUACGCAGUAUUGCCAUUUUAACCAGUUACCAUACACACUUCUCGUUAUCUCAUAGUUGUCUUAAGAUCUUCCGUUCUUGUUGUUAUUCUUCCACUGGACUAAAUUAUUUACUGAUACUGUGCCAAACGCGUAACGAUGAUAUUCUAAAUUGUAAUUCAUCUUUUCCAUUUUCGUCUCUUAUUAGUUUAAUCUUUUAACCGGCGAAGUUAUUUUGUGGCGAUUUUAUUUAUUGUAGUUUUAACGUCGUCUUGUUUUACUGUUGUUACAAAAUAAUUUCCACCUCUGAUCAAAUUAGCGAUGUUGUGUUAUAAUCUCAUUCGUUGUUCAGUAGCCAUAACAUCUGCCGUCUGUAUGGCACAGAUGUAGAUUGACGCGUUCGAACAAACCAAAUAGUAGGCGCCGUCAUCUUAAUUCUAUUUGAGUUCACGUACAGCAAUCGUAACGAUAACACUUAACAAUGGGGAUUAUUAAUAACCGAAAUUAAAUGUUUGUACUUUGAUAGAUAACGUUAUCAAGUUUCUCGGCGUCGUUUUUUGUUGAAAAUCGAGUUUUGGUUGUUCACUGCGACUUUGAUCUCAGCACCUACGUUUUGUUGUCGAACGUCGUCAUUCUGAACAUCCAAAUAGAUCUAAUUUAGGAGAUUUAGUAGUUAGACAAUGAAAUAUUAUAUUAAACUAUUUUUGAACUGUGAUGACCACGCUCAUUCCGCUGAAUUAGUUAGUGUUAUGUUGUCCAGUAGCAGUGCCCUUCCUGCCAAUCAGACUGUCCGUCGAUCGCACUCUAGCGAUGUGGUUGUGAUUGUACAUAUGAUCUUCGAUGACGACCUGGCCUGACCUUGACUCAUCAUAAAUAUAUAUACAGUACCAUGUAUCUAUAUUAUUACAUAUAUAUUAAUAUGUUAGAGUAUGCUUAAUCAACUUUAUUCUGUCUUCUCGCUUAUUUUAUUUUAUUUUUUUUGAGACAAAGCAAAUAUGAAAACCAAAAAAAAUAAAAAAUAUUAAAUGUCGUUAGUCCGGGGUUGUGUAAUUUCUAUACGUACCGAGUCAAUUUAAAAACACAAAAAAAUUCAAUUUUUGUUGAAGCGCCUGAAUGUUAUUAAUCAAUUACAUGACACGUGGAUUAAUGUGAUAAAAGAAAUGGUUCAUUGGUUGUUUGGUUUGGUUGGUCUUGUUUGUAUGAGUAAUUCCAGUGACCGUACGUAGACUAACAUGUUUUUGAGUGCAUUGAUUGCUCUCUUUCUCUCUCUGUUGUUAUGUAAAACGUGCCACUUGUUGCCAAGCUUGGUCUGUUGUCGAUUUUCGGUUAUGAACUGAUCUAUGUUAUAUAUCACCCUGUACAUAAGUAUAUAUUAUUGUGACCAGUCUGUUUUUGUCAAAGUGCUGGUAGAUUAUUAUGUCCAGUUCGUAUUCAAGUGGCUAGGGUUUUAUAACGACAUUAUGUUUUAUUGUAAAUUUGAACUAUGCAAUAUAUUUAAAAGCAUCCCGAA